AUGGAUUCACCAACUCGAGGGGGACCAGCAAUAGGGAUCCCACCUGCGACGUUACAAGCUGACAGAGCCAACGCUGUGGCUGCGGCGGCGACUCAGGCUGAAAAACAGAAGAUCCAUUUGCUUGUGUUGGAUUUGACCAUUCCGGAGAAGCGGGAACAAGCCUUACUUGAGUUGUCCAAGAGGAGGGAAUCCUUCCCUGACCUAGCCCCUAUACUUUGGUAUUCCUUUGGCACUGUGGCCGCACUAUUACAGGAGCUGUUAGCGGUCUACCCUUGUUUGAGCCCACCCAAUCUGUCGGCGGCAGUCUCGAACAGAGCAUGCAACGCCCUAGCACUGCUGCAAUGCUUGGCUAGUCAUCCUGAGACUAGGAAGCCCUUCCUACAGGCCCACAUUCCACUGUUCUUAUACCCCUUCCUGAAUACCGUAUCCAAAGUUCGCCCAUUCGAGUAUCUCCGCUUGACGAGUUUGGGAGUCAUCGGUGCUUUAGUUAAGGUGGAUGAUGAGCAGGUCGUACAAUUCCUACUUCAAACCGAAAUCAUCCCCCUGUGCCUUCGUAUAAUGGAGACUGGAUCAGAACUGUCCAGGACUGUGGCCACGUUCAUCAUACAGAAGAUAUUACUCGAUGACAACGGACUGCAGUACAUCUGCGCUACUGCCGAACGCUUCUACGCUGUUAGCACGGUCCUUGGCAACAUGGUUCAAUCCCUAGCGGAGGCACCGUCAUCUCGUCUCCUUAAACACAUUAUACGUUGCUAUCAACGACUCUCCGAAAACGAUCGUGCGAGGGAGGCCUUGAGACAAUGUUUGCCCACCGAGUUGAAACUAGAUAGAACUGCUAAUAGCACUACGAUCGCUAAUUGUCUCAAGGAGGAUGCUAUGGCACGGAAGUGGCAGGUUGGUUUGCUGGUCAACUUAGGAAUGCUCCCGGCUAAUUCACUUCAGGACCUCGUCAAUGGGGGCUCAGGUAUUUGUCAAUAGGCGGUAAUUUUGGCACCGAUAUGUCAUUUUGGAUCACAUAAUAUUGGUAGUAGUAUACCGCACCGCCGUUGAGUCGUUAUGACACGGCAGCGGCAGAUGAUCGAUUUACAAUCAUUUACCUGUACAGAGAAGUUAGAAUAGGAGAUAUACAACUCAUCGUACAUAUAAACUUAGUCUCUGUACUCGGGGAUAUUUCUGCAGUU